CCCUAGUUAAUCCCUAGAAUUGAAACAACACAGACAGUAGCAUAGUGAAGGAAAGAAAGUAACAGACUGCAGAGAAUAAGAAGCAGGGUGCAGCGACUACAUAGAGAAGAAGAGAUUUUGGUGUCUUAAGUGAUAAUGAGUUGCUUUGAUUAAGCUAAAUUCUACCGUGGAUAAUAAUCAUACAGUACAAAACAAAAAAACUUGUUUAGGUCGUUGACAGUGUAAACUACAGUGAGUCGGAGAGAAGUGAUAAUGGCUUUGAUCACCAGUACCAACCUUGCGAGUUUUCAGCUCAAAGAAACUGAAAUUCCUUUCUCACGUUUCACCUUCACUCAAAAGCAUUUUGGAUAUCGUCCUCAUCACAACAAUGUGGUCUUAAGAAACAACGGAAGAAAUGAAGCAAUUCUUCCUAAAGUCAGAGCUCAGAAUCUUCCUGAUUAUGUUCCAGAAUCCAAGUUUUACAAAAUUGAAGCCAUUCUCAGACCCUGGAGAAUUCCUCAGGUUUCUUCGGCUUUGUUGAAGAUGGGAAUUCGUGGUGUCACUGUAUCUGAUGUCAAAGGAUUUGGUGCUCAGGGCGGUUCCAAAGAAAGGCAGGGAGGCUCUGAAUUUUCUGAAGACAGUUUUGUUGCCAAAGUUAAAAUGGAAAUAGUGGUGAGGAAAGACCAGGUUGAGGCAGUAAUAUCCAAAAUCACGGAGGUGGCAAGGACCGGGGAGAUCGGUGAUGGCAAAAUUUUCUUGAUCCCUGUAUCUGAUGUAAUAAGAAUUCGCACAGGUGAACGCGGGGAGCAGGCUGAGAGGAUGGCUGGGGGAUUAACUGAUUUGUCAUCUGUUUGAACGAAAGAUUAGCAUUUGCAUUUUGGUCCUCUUACCAUUCUCCUUCACCCUUGUGCAUUGAUUACAAUGAUGAUGUAUGUUUUGUGUACAUUUUGCACUUUGCCGUUCGAUACUUAGAUGCCUGCAGUAUCAUAAGUCAUAACUCAUAAUAAUUAACAAUAGACAGUGUAGUUAACACAUGCUGAGUUGCUCAUAGCUAAUAAGAAUUUGUUGAUAGUAUUUGAUUGUGGAA